AUGCGAACAAGCCUGGGAAUUGCGAAAAAAGUUUGGGAAAUGCGAAAAAAGUUUGGGAAAUGCGAACAAGCCUGGGAAUUGCGAAAAAAGUUUGGGAAAUGCGAAAAAAGUUUGGGAAAUGCGAACAAGCCUGGGAAUUGCGAAAAAAGUUUGGGAAAUGCGAAAAAAGUUUGGGAAAUGCGAACAAGCCUGGGAAUUGCGAAAAAAGUUUGGGAAAUGCGAAAAAAGUUUGGGAAAUGCGAACAAGCCUGGGAAUUGCGAAAAAAGUUUGGGAAAUGCGAAAAAAGUUUGGGAAAUGCGAACAAGCCUGGGAAUUGCGAAAAAAGUUUGGGAAAUGCGAAAAAAGUUUGGGAAAUGCGAACAAGCCUGGGAAUUGCGAAAAAAGUUUGGGAAAUGCGAAAAAAGUUUGGGAAAUGCGAACAAGCCUGGGAAUUGCGAAAAAAGUUUGGGAAAUGCGAAAAAAGUUUGGGAAAUGCGAACAAGCCUGGGAAUUGCGAAAAAAGUUUGGGAAAUGCGAAAAAAGUUUGGGAAAUGCGAACAAGCCUGGGAAUUGCGAAAAAAGUUUGGGAAAUGCGAAAAAAGUUUGGGAAAUGCGAACAAGCCUGGGAAUUGCGAAAAAAGUUUGGGAAAUGCGAAAAAAGUUUGGGAAAUGCGAACAAGCCUGGGAAUUGCGAAAAAAGUUUGGGAAAUGCGAAAAAAGUUUGGGAAAUGCGAACAAGCCUGGGAAUUGCGAAAAAAGUUUGGGAAAUGCGAAAAAAGUUUGGGAAAUGCGAACAAGCCUGGGAAUUGCGAAAAAAGUUUGGGAAAUGCGAACCUGGGAAUUGCGAACACGCCUGGGAAUUGCGAAAAAAAUUUGGGAAAUGCGAAGCUUGCAGGCCUGCAAUUCCUUAA